CACUCUCUGCUUUUGUCUCUGGCAGGUUCAAAAACGACUGAUCUAAAAAUGCAGGACUUCUUCGUCACCGUUUUCCUGAUGCUUGCAACUGCUCCCUGUCUCCGCGCUUCAGAUGACGUGGAUGACCUUCAGUUUAAGUACGAUUAUGAGUCCCUAAAGGUGGCGGGUCUGAUUAUGGCGGGCGUCCUCUGCGCGAUGGGAAUCAUCAUUCUGCUGAGUGGGAAGUGCAGAUGCAAAUUUAAUCAGAAUUCGGACCAAAGGCACCGAGCCCAGGAACAGCAGCUCAUCACUCCAGGAAGUGCGAGUUGCUGAACACGACGACGUCUCCUCGCAAGUUUUUUUUUU